UACAUUAAAUUAUGGAUGAAGACGAAGUCCCUUGUUCGCGUCCGAUGGAGGGGACUGUAGGAAAGAAGUUUAGUGUAGAAGCGUGCAAUAUUCUGUGGGAACUGCGCAAAAGUGGACAGUUAUGUGAUGCAAUAAUAAAGGUGGAAAACAGAGAGUUCCCAAUUCACCGGAAUAUCAUGUCGGCCUGUAGUCAGUAUUUUAGAACACUAUUUACAAAUGAAUUAUUUGAUACAAACACACGGGAAGUGGUCAUUCCAGGAGUUUCUGCCGAAAUAAUGAGCUUAAUUAUUGACUAUGCCUACACCAGAGACGCUGCUGUGACAGCAGAAAACAUCGAACAUCUUCUACCCGCAGCUGAUCAGUUUCAUGUUAUGGGUCUUGUCAAACUCUGUUGUGACUUCCUGAUCUCUGAACUAACGGCUGAAAAUUGCAUCGGAGUAAGAAGAUUCGCGAGAACUUAUUUUUGCCAUAAUUUGGAGAGGGCUGCAUUUCGAUAUCUAAUGUUAAAUAUCGCUGAUGUCUUAACCUUCAGUAAUGAGUAUCUACAGCUAGAUAUAGAGGAGGUUUGCGAUAUUUUAUCUUCGGAUGAGUUGAACGUAAGAAAUGAAGAGCUCGUUUUUGACGCAAUUUUGCGAUGGAUCGACUAUGAUCGAGAUACAAGGAAAGAACAUAUCGCUCGACUAUUGAAAACGAUUAGGCUCGGGCUUUUAACUACUCAGUAUUUCGUUGAAAAGGUCAAAGUUCAUCCAUAUAUAAAGGACAAUGAUUCUUGUAAACCCGUCAUCAUCGAAACCCUUAAGUUUCUUUACGAUCUGGACAUGGAUGAAGACAAAGAACUUGAUCUAAAUAAUCCAUUAGCCAAACCUCGCGUGCCACACGAAAUUUUAUUUGUUAUUGGGGGAUGGAGUGGCGGAUCUCCAACAAAUCUUGUAGAAACGUACGACACGCGUGCGGAUCGUUGGAUCGUCUGUGACGCUGUGGACACAGGUCCUAGAGCGUACCACGGGACGUCCACUGUAAAUCACAUCAUUUACGUCAUCGGAGGGUUUGACGGUGUGGAAUAUUUUAACAGCGUGCGCAGCUUUGAUCCGAUGACCAAAGAAUGGAAAGAAGUGGCGCCAAUGAACGCCAAGAGGUGUUACGUCAGCACCACUGUUUUGGGGGAUCGCAUAUAUGCCAUGGGAGGAUAUGAUGGUCAAAUGAGACAAAAUACUGUAGAACGCUUUCUUCCCGCCAAAAACCAGUGGAGUUUUGUGGCGUCAAUGAACCACCGGAGAAGCGAUGCUAGCGCCACCACGCUCAACGGUAAAGUGUACAUCUGUGGAGGGUUCAAUGGUCACGAAUGCCUUAGUACCGCGGAGGAUUACGACCCCAAUACAAAUCAGUGGACACUGCUCGAGCCUAUGAGAAACAGGCGCAGUGGCAUAGGCGUCAUAGGCUAUAAAGAGGAAAUUUAUGCCUUAGGCGGUUUUAAUGGAAUUACCCGGAUGAAUACUGGGGAAAAAUAUUGUCCUAAAACCAAAAGAUGGAGGACCAUUCCGGAGAUGUUCAAUCCAAGAAGUAAUUUCGCCAUCGAGGUCAUUGAUGAAAUGGUGUUUGCCAUCGGUGGGUUUAAUGGAGUAACAACCAUUUUUAACGUUGAAUGUUAUGACGCUUCCACUGAUGAAUGGUAUGACGCAACAGAUAUGAAUUUGAACCGAAGUGCAUUAAGCGCCUGUGUAGUAAAGGAACUGCCGAGUGUCCAGGAUUAUAUACACAAAGAAAGAUAGAUAUCUUAAUUGCUAAAAGACAAUAAAAAAACACAAGAAGCAUG